AUGAACUGGUUACAGCCGGCAGCAGCGACCGAGCGGGGCAGCAGGCGGCGGGAAGGGGACGAGCGGGCAGGCCCGGAGGAGCCGGGAGUCGCAAGGUCCUACCUAACACCGUCGGUCUCCUCCGUCUCCUCCUCAACGGCAGCGGCCCCGGCGGUGGCGGCGGCAGCGACAUUCCUGGGGAGCGCUCCCGCCGCCGCCGCCUCCUCCUCCACUCUCUGCUCGCCUCUCUGCUCCGGCGCGCUCACCGAGCGCCGCGUCCCUUCGGCCACCUCCCCCCGCCCUCCCCAACACACACGCCCCGAAACCUUAAAGCCCUACGGCUCCUGCAGCCGGGUAACCCACCCUCCCUCCCUCCCCGCCACCAGCGGUGGCCCCGUCCCUCCCCCUUCCCCGGCACCCGCCGCCGCGCCGGCAUCUCUCCCGGCGCGCACCGCCGGACGCACGUGCGCGCGCGCAGCCACACUCCCGGCCGGGGGCGGAGCAGCAGCGCAGCCUCGACGGGGCGCGCGCGCGCACCCGCACAGCCCUCCCGACAAGCCCCUGCCCCCGCCGCCCUCACCUCGUGACGCCUCCCGCGCCGCGCUCCCGGCUGGGCCCCGCCCCUGCCCUCAUCUCCCUGGAGCCUGGGAAGGCGCGAGCCCCGGAGCUGGAGGGAGGGAGCGAGCGCGCGGGGCCGCGUCCUCGCUCGCGUCCCGGUUCCCCCAUUGGCUUCUGCCCCUCCCCCUUCUUCCUCCGCCUCUCCCACCCAUUGGUUCCCUCUCCUACUCCAUUCCUUCUCACCUUUUCCCUUUUACCCAUUGGCGUAUUUUUCCUCAGCUUUCCCCUUUCUCCGUAUUCUGCUCCUCCUCCGUCCCAUCCUCCACGCUUUAG